UGCUAGAGAAUACUGAAGAGAGACAGGAACCAUGAAAUAAAAACUCCGGAGACACCUACCACGACUUGAAAGAAGAGACGGCCUGUAGGACCUACUACAGAGACGGACUAUAUUGCUUUUACUUGCAAGAUUGCUCAACCCUGCAUGCCUUGUAGAGUUACUUAUUGGCUCAGGAAUCAAUUAGGGAAACCCAGAACUCCGGCUCUGAAGAAGAGUGAGAAAGAUUAUCAUUGCAAGUUAGAGAAGAGGAGACCAGAAGAGAUGACAAUACUGAACCUCCCUUUAUGCCAUCUUGCAGUCCAUCCAGUCUAUAGGGGUGCUGCAUCAUCAGGAGGGGGCAUGCCACUCAGACCAAUGGGAGAGAGAUCAAGAUCAAGAAAGGACCUUGUUCUGAAUUGUCCGUCGCCGCGGUCGCUCACCACAUGCGCUCUGAAGACGCCUUCAUACGGCGGCAGAUCGAGGGAGAAGAUCGAUCCCAGAGGCCUGUUCACCUUCUCCUACAAGUUUAGCACUGACAUCCCCAUGAGUGAGACAUCAGGGGCAUCAAUCGAUGAGUACCUCCAGAACAGUCCCAGGAUUGUUGGAGCUGUUUUUCCGGAUCAGCGCAAAAGAAGAAAGCUCAAUGAUCAAGAAUGGAGCGUUCAGCUUUUGCCCAUCCAGUUCCUCUUUCUGUCGGCGUCGCCGGUGAUCGUCAUGCGGUUCGUCAGCAAAUCUGGCGGGAAGGAGUACCCACCCAACGUCCCCGUCCACGCCACCAGCCUCCUCCUAAUGGAAGUGACAGACUACAAGCUGAAAGGCCUGGACAGCAACGCCACGCCGUCGCAUCUCGCCCUGACCGUCCGCGGCAUGCUGUACCCGCAGCGGGAGGGCAGGAAGAGUCUCAGGGGGCAUGUCGAGAUGACCGUCGGCUUCAACCUCCCGCCGGUGCUCGCCUUGGUCCCGGACAGCAUCAUCAGAGGCGUCGGCGAGACGGUGUUGAGGCAGCUAGCAGAGCAGAUGAAGCAGGACUUCGAUACAGGGCUGGCAGCGGAUUUCAAGAAGUACAGGAGGGAGAAGCUAACUGAAAGGCGCACUUCGCCCUGAAUUUUGAGGCGUUCACUGCCCAGUAACACUAGCAGCAGACAUUACUACGGAUUCUUUGGGGUCGUCGUGUCACCAACAGGGUUGCCAACCCCUUGUAUUAUUCACGAAUAAUAGUAAUAACUUAAUUAAUCACA